AUGAUCCCUAGAGGAAUCAUUGCUCAGACAUCUAGGCGCUUAUUUACUCGCCGUGGACUUUUGAUAACAUUUAUUAUCUUCAUAUGGUUCCUCUUCUAUCAUCUUCCAACUCCUCCUCCCACCCAGAACAAUACCCGCGCAGACCGACCACCUCCAGUGCACCAAGUAGAGGACAAAGCACGAUUCCUCUACCGUUCUCCCUUUCGAAACAAUCCGGCUAUUCAAUAUGAAAAACGACUAUCACGGGCCCUGGAGAGAAUUGAAAAGACUGUGAUGGCACAAAAUCAGCAAAAGAGCGUAGCCGAAAAUAGAAUCUGGCAGAUAGCGAAAGAUGAAAAGCACAGGGGAGACGACUCGAUAAUAUUUCAACAUAAAAAUAAGGAAUGGGCAUACACUUUAGUCAAUGAUAACAAGGCUCUCGAGUUCGUGACCAACGAGCUAUCCGCCAUGUCCGAAAUUGCAACAAUAUACAAGUCCUACCCUCACAAUGUCCUCCGAGCAGAUUUCCUCAGAUACCUCCUUCUCUGGUACUACGGAGGCUUCUACGCAGACAUCGAUGUCUUCCCCGCUCGAACCAUCAACACCUGUCCAGCACUAGAACCAUUUUUCGCAUCCCCACCCGACAAAUACACCGAAGACAUCCAUCCCAAUGUAUCGCUCGUUGUUGGAAUCGAAGUCGACGAGCCAUAUGCUUCACCACAAUUCAUGCGCGACUGGCAUUGGACAAGGAGUUACGGACUAAUUCAGUAUACCAUGUAUGCACCGCGACGUUUCAGCCCGCUUCUCCGCGAGACCAUUGUGCGGGUCAUAACACAUACCAUGCAAUACAAUGAUGGACGCACGGGCUUCUUCCCCAGUCUGGCAUAUGACGAGAAGGCUAUAUUAGGAAUUACGGGGCCGGAUGUUUUCACGGAUGCUGUUCUUGAGACGCUUUCCUCUUCGCUUCCUGAGACACAUCCGUUCGUUGAACAAUCUGUCCAUGCAGAUGCAGAGAUAGGAGAUCUCAUCGAUGCUGAAACUGGGGAAGUGCGGAAGCGGGUGACGUGGGCUCCGUUUCAUAGACUCCGUGACCCUGUCUGUAUCGAGGCUGGCGAGGCUGUCCCGGGUGAAUCCAUGGGUGGACUGUGCGUGUUGCCAGUUAGUGUUUGGGGGAAUGGACAGAGACAUAGCGAGGCGGGAGGGUUUAAUAAUCCUAAUGCGUGUGUCAAUCAUAGGUUUGGGAGGACUUGGAAGAAGGGGUGGGUGGAGUAUAUAUUUGGGUGA